AUGUCGAAAAACACAAGUCGGAGUAAGGCGGAAAAGGGGAAGAAUAUCAAUACAUCUUUAAUCGUUCAAGAUGUGAUCCCUGGGAAAGCUUCGGAAUCCGAAUGGAACGAAUUGAUUGAAGAUGAUUUGGCAGAAAAGACAUGUUAUGAUAUUGUCAAAGAUAUAGUUGAUGAAUCACUCAGUGCCAUAUACCAGAUAUACUUAAAUAAUCAGUUAAUACCAUUCACAGUUUAUCAAGCAUCUCUGUGCCUCAUGCAAUACAUUGACUUAGAAUUCAUGUCCUGCGAUCAAGGAGAGCCUAAUAUUAAUCUUAACCCAGAGUGGUUUGAAGAUGAACUUGCUGAAUCAAGUAGAAUAGAUUCAUGGGCUCAAGGAGCGAUUUCCAAGACUUAUUAUGCAAAGAUCUCAGACAGUGAAAAACCUCAAAAGAAUCAUCAAGUUUUACCAAAGCUUCAGACCAGUUUCAUCCAUAAAAAUGAAGAUGUUAGUGAAAAUAAAGCCAUUCGUAAGGAACAUACCACUGACAAGUUCCAUAGUGAAAAACCCCAUCAAAUAUCAAUUCAAAAGAAGAAGCCUAAAAAACUGAAAAACAAUUUAAACAAGGAUCACACCAUUAUGCCUAGUGAACAAAAAGAUUCCAUCCAUGAACUAACUAAACAGUUAAAAGAUUCUACAUUGAAAUCGUCUAUAGAGAAUGUAUCUAUGGAAAAGAAUAUGUUAGUUAAAAAUGACAAUAUCAGCAAAGAAGAUAAUUUAAAUAAAAGGAAAUCAAGGAAGCCACUCAUGAAACAACUGCCUGAAACUAUGUUACAAAACAAACGAAUAAAUGGAUCUGGAAAAUUAGUUUUUGACGAUGAAGGAAAUCUAAUAAGUGUACCCAAGUUAUAUCCAGUCAAUAAUAAUAAGCAAGAUGAAUCAUUCACUACUGAUUCACAUUCAAAUGGAACUGAUAAUAAUAUUUUAGGAAAUAAAAUUCCAAUUCAAUGGCGUUUUGUAUCAGAGUCAUAUUCUAACAGUACAACUAACAAUCAAUUUGGCAUACGAAUGAAUAGUAAAGUGAGAACAGCUAGAUCGUCCAUAUCGAAUUCUUCAAAUAAAAUGAGAACAAGAAAUCGUAGUUUAGAUUUAACGAAUACCACAAUUACACCUGAUGUAAUACGUUUACAAAAAAUUAAGAAUGCAUGUGUCAAUUUACCAAAUACCAUCGAUUUGGUUGAUUUAGUUGCUGGAGUAACAAUAUCUGAUGGAGAACAUUUAAAAAUUGGUCAGUUAAGGAAUGAACAGUUCACGUAUAUUUUGAAUACAAAUUGGAAUGAUCUUGAUGAAAUUCCACCAUUUAUCUUACAAGGGAAAUUACAUAAAUUGUGUUAUUCGAGUGUCUCUCAGUGUACAUCUCUUAGAUUCAAAAUAAGAAUAACUUUUAAUGAAACAAUCAAAAUGAAUGAAAUCUUCACAGCAUCUAUUGGUGAGACACAGACUAUCCAAAAAUCAAUCAACAACUUGGUAAAUACUAGAAACCAACAACACCAAAUCACUAUGAUAGAUGAGCAGUCACUGAAUUCUCUGCCUAUCGGAAUGAAUCUAUCCCAAGAAAUGCUAAAACUGGUCAUGGCUUUAUAUGCUCUGAAACUACCAAUUCAUUCGAUGCACAAAGAUAGUAAAGCUACUCAGACUGAAGAUCUAACAGAUACAUCACUUAUCUCAGGUUAUACUGGACUAUCAUCAAGAUGUGUGAGUAUUUCACAAAUGGCCGCCAGUAUAUUCAGUUCAGAUACAAAAAAUUCAAUGAAUGAUAGUCAACAAAAUAAAUCAUGUCCAUUUAUUCGAGUUGUAACGCAUAAAAAUGGUAUACUCGUUCAUUUAGGCCAACUGAUCAGUAUAUCUGAGGAUCAGAGAUCAUUUAUUAUGCGCAAUGUGAUUAGUUUCGAUCCGUUAAGAGUGAAUGAACGAAAAAUUUCAACAUUAAAACCAGCGGAAAUUCUUGCCCUCACUGAAUCCAAACUUCAAAGUCAACAUGGUAAAAGAGGAAAUUUAUUAUCUGAUUAUUUACAAAAUCAUAUGAUGUUUAAUGUUACAGAGAACUCAUCGUGCGAGAACAACAAGCAAGUGAAUGUAUCAGAGCAAAAACACGAGGCACUGCACGGUCCAUUACUUAUCACUCCCAGCGAUGUUUUUAUUCGUUUAAGCGAAGUACGUGAGUUAAGCAUUGUCCCAGUGAUUCGCUUUGACCACCCUAAGAAAAUGCGACAGACCAGCUUGAAGCGUGAAUUUAAAGGAGCAACUGAAGUCAAGCAAUAUGGCCUUAGUCAAGACAUCGUUAAUACAAGUAAAUUGUCAGAGAGUACAAACAAGGGGUCGGAUUCAUCAUUACAGUGUAAUGAGUCUACAGAUAUUGCCAACAGCUCGGAUAGUGUUGACCCAUGUAACAAUACUGGUCAAUUAUGUGCAGUGCUGACUGACGGCUUUUCUAAACAAACGGAAACUGACCAGAAAUGUGGCAAGAAGUCUUCAUUGAAGAAAGCAAACAACAAGAUGGAAGAGAAAGUUGAAAGAUUAGAAGAAGGAGGAGAAAAGUCAGACUCUUCGACGAAGCAUUUAAAAUUUUCCGAAAAUAGAUCUACCGCACAAAUAAAAUGCAACAACUGUAGGAAUUGUAACAACAGCCAAAGUGUCCAUCGAAAUCUACCACGACAAGUCCCGAUAGGACAGAAAGAAGUAGGUGAAGCAAAACCACUGUCUGUACACAAAACAAAAGGACGUAACAAGUCUGCAGAAGGUAGAAGGCGACGAGGACGACGUCUUCCGAACAAGCAAAGAUAUUCGGAGGGUGACGGGAAAACACAAUCUAAAUCUGUCAAUAUUUCCAGUUCAUCAUUCUUGAAAUGUCCAACAUCUACACCACAUUUAACAAAUGGUCGUUCUGAAACAUCAUCAAAAUGGUACGACGAUGGUAUUGUAUCGAUAACAAUUCAUCAGUCAUCAACAAAUUCAACUAUGAAUCAUUCACAUAGUUUAUUCAAAUCAAGACCGAGAUCCCCAGUGAAAAAUCGCAGCUUGAAAUGA